AUGCGCGUUCUCGGGCUGUCACUCGUUCCGUUCCUGCUCUCGUCGGCGCUGGCGCAGGACGACCUCGACUUCGACUUCGCCGGCUGCAGCAAAGCGGACGCCCCGCAGAAGUGCUCGGAGACGAUCGACGGCGUCGUCCCAGUGACACCCGGGCGGGCGUACUGGUCGACGAUCGCAUGCAAGGACUGCCCCUACGCCGAGACGAGGAAUGCGGAGGACGACGGCAAGCCGGAGACCCGCGUCACACACGGCGACCAGGAGCUUUUCUUCAACGUGACCCUCGCCAACGACACUCGCUCGCUGUACCUCAACGGCAAGAAGAUCUUCCCGCUGCUCGCCACGAUCCCCAGCCCGCCGCACAUCGCCGUCCCGCUGCUCCACCCCGGCGUCUCGUACACGAACCUCUCCGCCGCCGCCGCCUGCUCCGACCCGACCUGCACCGGCAAGAUCAGCUCCGACUGCACAGAAUGGUGCGCCCUGCCCCUCGCCCGCAUGUUCGCCGACUUCUCCUACUCGGCCCACAUCCAGCGUGAGGAGGCUGACGCCGGCAUCCGCUACUGGGACGUCGUCUUCGACCCUGUCGGCGGCCGCAGUGCCGUCGCCAGCGCCAGCACGCCGGCCUGGAAGCUCGACGACCCGGACCGCAAGGCGCUGCACAUCGUGGUCGCGGGCCAGCUCGUGCGUGGCAAGACGAUCAAGAAGCACAACUCGCAGGACGGCGGCCUGUUCGGCUCCUCCAGCGACGGCGAGGACUACGAUCUUGAGAUCGCCAAAGUCGAGCACGUGAUGCGGCGCUUCGAGUUCGCCUCGCCCUCGCUGGGCUUCUUCGGCACCAUCAGGCGCUUUUUCGGCGGCGACGUGUGGAAGGCCGAGGGCGAGCUGGUGUACCUCAGCGACGAGUGGAGCGUCUGGGGCAAGAAGGGCACGCUGCGCAACUGGGUCGGCCGCGUCUUCCACUCGACCUUUGUCGGGCUGGUGUUCAUCAUCCUCGGCAGCAUCGUCGGCGGCUUCAUCGCCCUGCGCAUCGUGCACAGCCUGUGGCUGUUCGCCAAGCAGCAGAGCGGCCUCGCGCGCUGGAAGGGCAUCGACGCCGUCUACAGCCAGCUCAACCAGGACCGCAGCGACGACGACGACGACCACUGGGACGAGCAAGGCCAGUGGAGCGAGCACGGCCAGUGGAGCGAGCAAACCCCGUGGACCUCACGCGCGCACUUCACCGACCGCUCCCCCGCCACCACGCCCUCCACGACCUCCACCGCCGACUUCCGCAGCGACUACAGAGACUCGUUCGACUCGGCGCCGCGCGCAAGCUCUGCCUGGCAGGCCGAGCGCAUGAAGCCGCUGCCCACCAAGCCGCUGCCCGAGAAACCGCUGCCGUCGGAGCCGCUCAUCGAUACCUGA